CUCUGUUUCUCUCCUGCACGAUUUUCCUGCCCUUUCAUCCUCGCCUCUUCUUCUCUUCCCAUUCUUCGUUUUUUAAACUCUGUUUUUUGCAUUUGUGACUUGGUGUGUGCAUAGGAAUAGGCAUAAUCGGACCUGCUUUUUACAUAUUGUCGGCUUCACGAAAAAAAGAGAGGCAAAACCCAAACCGCCCCGCCCUUAGCUCUCGGUAUGCCAACUACUAAAGUCAUGCAUCUGAUUUAUGGUAAGGAUUAUUGUUUGUCCACUUCAGGUUAUUGCUUACUCAACCAAAUAUCAUAUUCAGGCAGGGAAGAGAUAAACAAAGCAUUAGGUUUGGUUAGCCACUGCUACCUCGAUUCGACGACCUAUUUCAUAUAGUACGUUAGGAUUUUUGGUAAAGGUUUUCGUAGUAACCUUUUCUUACACUUGAAUUGAUUUCCGUUAAUUGGUCGUCUGAUACUUUUCUUGCUUUGCUGGAAUUGCCUUAUCGUUGCCAGAAGAUGCAAGGGUUUUGUUGAUUGAUUUGUUUACUCCAAUUGCGUUGUUUGUUGCUCGAACAAUACACUCUUUAAACGGGACCAUCCAUGCUCUCCUUCUGAUUCACGACAUUCUUUCUAAGAGUAACGCUACAGUUUCAGUUGGAGAUGACAACAACAAGGGCUAUUUAAACAUGCAAGCUAAUCAAUGUUUAAAUGGUUACAAAGUCAAUGCGCCUCAGGUUUCGCUCUAGAAGAACAACAUUGUUCAGUUACAAAACACAUGGUCUUUUACACCGUUCAACCUUCUCAACGAUUCGACAUGAAUCUAGUUGCUUUAAUCAAAACCACAUACAGCUUGUAUCUCCACAGCUUUAUACGUAUGCCUCUCUCUUGGAUUGUUGCAUCCAAGAAUGCAAAAGAAUUAAAACCGAUAAGGUGUUCGACAAAAUGCCUCAAAGAAUUCUUCAAGCCUCCAUGACCGGAAAAGUUGUCCACGGCAAAAGUCUGAAACUUAGAUUUGGGUCGACAGGGUUGCUAGGGAAUAUGAUUGUUGAUCUUUAUGCAAAGUGUGGCCUUGUGGAGUUAGCGGAGAAGGCGUUUAAUAGACUUGAAAUUCGAAAUAUUUCUGCCUGGAACUCAAUUCUUUCAGCGUAUUUGAAUCAGGGAAAUAUUGAACUCGUUGUUGAGUCUUUUGGGUUACUAUGGAGUGCUGGGAGGUCACCAAAUGAAUUCACAUUUGCAUCUGUUCUAUCUGCUUGUGCAAGAUUGAGAUAUAUUAAGUAUGCCAGACAUAUCCAUUGUCAUAUUGUUAAGAUGGGGUUUGAGUCAAGUUCAUUCUGUGAAGGUGCUCUUAUUGCUGUGUAUACGAAGUGUAACUGUGUGAGUGACGCUCAACGAGUUUUUGGUGGGGCAAUGUAUUUAGAUACCGUUUCCUGGACAUCACAUAUUGCUGGGUUUGUUCAAGUUGGUUUGCCUGAAGAAGCCUUAAAAUUGUUCAAGGAGAUGCAGAAAGCUGGGCAUGAACCAGACCAGGUGGUUUUUGGGACUGUCAUAGAUGCUUGUAUCAAUAUUGGAAUGCUUGAUGAUGCAUGUCAAUUGUUCUUCCAGAUGUCCAAUCCUAAUGUUGUAGCAUGGAAUGUGAUGAUUUCGGGGCAUGCCAAAAGAGGUUUUCAUGUGGAAGCUAUUGAGUUUUUCCUAAAGAUGAGGAAAGUUGGCAUUAGAUCUACGAGGUCCACAUUAGGAAGUUUGUUGACUGCAAUAUCAAACUUAGAGGCUCUUCACUUGGGCUUUCAGGUUCAUGCUGAGGCAAUUAAAGAGGGAUUAUACACUAAUGUUUAUGUGGGAAGUGCAUUGAUCAGUAUGUAUGCCAAGUGUGAGAACAUGGAAGCAAUGAAGGAAGUAUUUGAUGCUUUAGAUGAGAAGAAUAUUGUCUUGUGGAAUGCAGCACUUGGAGGAUAUGUACAAAAUGGCUGUCCUUAUGAAGUUAUGGAAUUGUUCUCUGAUAUGAAUGCCUCUGGUCUUCACCCUGAUGAGUUUACCUGUACUAGUGUUCUGAGUGCAUGUGGUUGCUUGGAAUAUCGAGAAAUUGGCCAUCAGUUGCAUACAAUCAUUAUUAAGAAGAAACUGUCAUCAAAUUUAUUUGUAGGAAAUGCAUUGGUGGAUAUGUAUGCCAAAUCUGGGGCACUAAAGGAAGCGAGACAACAAUUUGACCGCAUGAGGACUCGAGACAAAGUUUCCUGGAAUGCAAUCAUAGUUGGCUAUGUGCAGGAAGAGGAUGAAGUUGAUGCUUUCAACAUGUUUAGGAGAAUGAUUAUGAGUGGAAUCGUGCCUGAUGAAGUUUCUUUGUCGAGUAUACUCAGAGCCUGUGCCAAUGUUCGAGGACUUGGGCAGGCGAAACUUGUGCAUUGUCUCUCAAUAAAGUCUGGUUUAGAAACGGGCCUUUAUAGUGGAAGUGCGCUUAUUGAUGUGUAUGGUAAGUGUGGGGUCAUUGAGGCAGCAAAUAAGAUUCUCUCUUGCAUGCCACAGAGAAGCAUAGCCUCCAUGAAUGCUCUAAUUGCUGGUUAUGCCCAAAAUAAUUUAGGGGAAGCAAUAAAUAUUUUUCGAGAAAUGCAGGCCGGAAAUUUGAAGCCAAACCAAAUAACAUUUGCAAGCCUUUUAGAUGCGUGUAAUGGACCUCAGAAAUUGAGUCUGGGAAAGCAAAUCCAUUGUCUUACAGUAAAAAUGGGACUUCUUUGCAAUGAUGAAUUCUUAGAAAUAUCUCUUUUGGGCAUGUAUAUGAACUCCCAAGAGGUAAUAGAUGCAAAUAUUUUAUUCUCUGAGUUAUCAAAUCCUAAAAGCACGGUAUUGUGCACUGCUAUGAUCUCGGGGUACAUUCACAAUCAAUGCUCUGAUGAGGCUUUGCAGGUUUAUAGAGAAAUGCGUAGUUACAGUGUAUUACCGGACCAAGCCACUUUUGUUUGUGUACUAAAAGCUUGUGCAAUCUUAUCUUCUUUGAGAGAAGGUAAAGUGACACAUUCUCUUAUUUUUCAUACUGGCUUUGACUUAGAUGAACCAACAGGCAGUGCCCUUGUAGACAUGUAUGCUAAAUGUGGUGAUGUGAAGGGUUCUGUACAAGUAUUCGAGGAAAUGCGAUGUAAGCAUGAUAUUAUUUCUUGGAACUCAAUGAUAAAUGGAUUUGCUAAAAAUGGUUAUGCGGAAGAUGCCUUACGAAUAUUUGAUGAGAUGAAGCAAACUAAUAUUUUGCCUGAUGUAGUCACCUUCCUUGGUGUUCUAGCUGCAUGCAGUCAUUCAGGGAGGGUAUCCGAAGGUCGUCAGGUAUUUGACAUUAUGGUUAACUACUACAAGAUUCAACCAAGAGUAGAUCACUGUGCCUGCAUGAUUGAUGUUCUUGGCCGAGGGGGCCUUCUUAAAGAAGCUGAGGAGUUCAUUGAUAAACUCGACUUUGAACCAGAUGCCAAGAUUUGGUCCUCGAUGCUUGGUGCUUGCAGAAUACAUGGAGAUUACAUUAGGGGGCAGCGAGCUGCUGAGAAACUCAUUGAGUUGGAACCCCAAAAUUCUUCACCCUAUGUGCUACUUUCCAAUAUAUAUGCUGCAUCUGGAAACUGGAAUGGGGUAAAUGCCUUGAGGAAGGCAAUGAGAGAACAAGGUGUGAAAAAGUUGCCUGGGUGUAGCUGGAUUGGAUUGGGACAGAAGACAUACUUGUUUGUCGCCGGAGAUAAAUGUCAUCCAGGUGCUAUUGAAAUUGAUGCUCUUUUAAAGGAUUUAACAGAGCUCAUGAAAGAUGAUGGUCUCACUGCCGAAAGUGAUCCUCUUUGGCAUGAGAACGAGUUGAGAGAAGGAUUUUGUUGUUGAAUAGUGGUAUGUAUAUGGUAUGCAAAGAACCCCUCAAAUGCGGCCAUCAAUGAGUGAGGGCCUCUGAGAUCGUGGGACAGCUCCAUUGAUCUUGUUACUGUCCUUGAGCAUGAGUUUCACGACGGACAGCUAAGCUUUAGAGGAAAGAGGGUGCUCAAGGUGCUGAUUGUUCAUCUCACAUCAUGAUCAAUGGUGUUGGCUGGCGAAACCUGUCCAAGAUGUGAUGACACAUUAUUCGUGUGUGCUGAAGCAUUCUUUGCUCUUCUUUGCUAUUUUAUUUACACCAUUCAAAUGCUUUGAUUGAGCCUUCAAAGUUGAAACAGAGGAUGGUCAAAAAGAUAAAUGAGAGAGGAAAGUUAGGCAAAGAAAGACAGGGCAAGGUUUACGUCUAUGGAGCGAGAGGUACAUCAUAGUGGGUAUCUAAGCAAGUGAGAGACACAGUAGAGUGAAAUUAGAGAAGCACAAGAAGUUUGGGGAUCUGUGAAAUCUAUGGUUUGUGGAAUGUCUUUGAAAUCUAUGGUUCGUGGAAUGUCUUUUUUAACACACAGAUGGUGAGCUUUGGGUAAUCCCUUCUGCCAGGGAUUCCUUUCCAAUUUUUGUGAAUUUACUACAUUUCCUUAAUUAAAAUAUUUAUUAGGAUUUGCAGUAAAUAUCAUAUUUCCAAUUAUAUGCAAUUUCAAGAGAGAUGUGAUUGGUCCAGCCUUGAUAGAGUCAAUAAA